CAACAUUGUCAGCCGUCAGGGGAUCACAUACUUGUUUCUGUUAUCUGUGUCGUGUUUCCACAUAUGGGGUACAAAAAUAAAGUUCUAUUUUAGUACGUACGUACUAUUGGUAUUUGAGAUGAACUUACCAGAUUUUACUAGAACGAUCUUUAAAUCUGAGUAUAAAAGUGUCGCCGGUGUAAUAUCAACUUAUAUUGUAAAGUGCAACCGAACCGCAUAAUGGGUGUUCAUAUUGAUGAAGCAGAAACUUACAAAAAUAAAGGCAAUGAAGCCUUUAAGAAUGAAAAUUAUGAAGAAGCAAUAUCACUGUACAGCAAGGCAAUCGAUCUCGCUGAAAAAGAGAGCCGCGACUUAGCUACAUACCUUAAAAAUCGUGCAGCAGCGUAUCUCAAAACGAAAGACUACGAGAAAGUAAUAAAGGACUGCGAUGAAGCCAUACGAAUCGUUCCGGAAGAUCCGAAAGCGUUGUUCAGGCGGUCACAGGCAUUAGAAUCCUUACAAAGGUAUGAAGAAGCUUAUAGGGAUGCUAAAACAAUUUUUACUGUGGAUCCUACAAACAAGGCUGUCCAACCGGUGUUAGCGCGUUUACACGCUGUUGUCCAGGAAAGAGCAAGGCAAAAUGCACAAACCAGCAGUAAAGUCGAACAGAUGUUUAAAAUUGCCUUUGAAUUAGGUGAAGAUAUUGAAAAACGUGAUAAGGCCAUGUCUAAUCUAUUGGUGCUUGCAAAGGAAGCAGCAGGUGCAGAUAUUAUGAUAAAAAAUGGUGUUGUUACUAAAAUUCAGCGAUUACUGAAAGUAGAGAAACAUCAUGAUAUUUAUGUAAAUGCAGUGAGAGUUAUAAGCCAGCUUUGCAAGAGGAAUGUUGAAAGGACAAAAGCAGUAAUAAAGAUACUUGGCAUUCCCUGGGUCCUAGAAAUCAUUGAUAGUGAGAAUGAAGAAAGAGUUAAUGCAGCCCAGUACUGUCUACAAGUUAUAUUAAACACCUUCUCAGGUAUGGAUAACAAGAAAGACUCAAAGCCUGAUGCCAGACUGUGUGAGGAGAACAAAAGUGAACUAGACACACUACUCACAUGCUUAACUUACUCCAUAACCAACAGGGUCAUCUCUGGGCUAGGUAGAGAAGCAAUUAUAGAGCUUAUUAUGAGAAAUUGCCACUACACUGCUAUAAAUUGGGCUGACAGGUUUGUGGAAAUCAAAGGACUCCAGCGGUUGCUUGAAGUCUGUAGUGAACUAGAGGAAUACAAAUAUGAAUCAUCUUUGAAUAUCACACCUUCAUCAAGAACUAUAGCUGCUGCCUGUCUUGCUAAGAUUUAUGAAAAUAUGUACUAUGAUGAAGCAAGAGAAAAGUUUAAUAAUGAGGUUGAUGAUUUUGUGAAAGACAAGCUCCUUUCUCCUGACCUAGAAUCUAAAGUAAGAAUAACUGUGGCUAUAACCUCUUUACUUAGGGGGCCUCUUGAUGUGGGAAAUUAUGUCAUAUCAAAGGAAGGUAUUCUUGAGAUGAUACUAGUUAUGGCUCAGACAGAAGAUCCACUGCAGCAAAAGGUUGCUUGUGAAUGCUUAGUAGCUGCUGCUUCUAAAAAAGAUAAGGCCAGAACUAUAAUAAACAAAGGAGUUGAUAUCUUGAAAAAAUUGUAUCAAUGCAAAGAUGAUGCUGUGAGAGUCAGAGCAUUAGUUGGUCUUUGUAAGGUUGGCAGCUUUGGAGGUGAUGAUGCCUCGGUGCGCCCAUUUGCUGAUGGCUCCACCAAAAAACUUGCAGAAGCUUGCAGAAAGUUCCUUGUUAAUCCAGCUAAAGAAAAUGAUGUGAGAAAAUGGGCUGCUGAAGGACUUUCUUAUUUGACUUUAGAUGCUGAUGUGAAAGAAAAGUUAGUAGAAGAUAAAGCUGCUCUCCAUGCCCUUAUUGAAUUAGCCAAGACUGGUGACCAGUCCUGCCUCUAUGGUGUGGUUACUACUUUGGUGAAUUUGUGCAAUGCCUAUGAUAAACAGGAGCUCAUGCCUGAAAUGAUGGAACUAGCCAAGUUUGCUAAGCACCACAUACCAGAGCAGCAUGAACUAGAUGAUGUUGACUUUAUAAACAAAAGAAUUACAGUGCUCGCUAAAGCAGGUGUAACUACUGGUUUAGUAGCUUUUGCCAAGACAGAAAGUCACAACUCAAGAGAGUUAAUUGCUAGAGUAUUCAAUGCAAUUUGUGGAUUACCAGAGCUGAGGGGCAUAGUUGUACAACAAGGUGGAGCCAAAGUAUUAAUACCCAUGUCAUUAGAAGGUACAGAGAAAGGUAAAAAACAAGCUGCCCAAGCUUUGGCUCGAAUUGGCAUAACAAUAAACCCAGAAGUAGCUUUCCCUGGUCAAAGAAACUUGGAAGUGGUAAGACCACUUGUAGCUUUAUUACAUCCAGAUUGCAGUGCCUUGGAGAAUUUCGAAGCUCUUAUGGCUCUUUGUAAUUUAGCUGGAAUGAAUGAAACUACCAGAAAUAGAAUUUUAAAAGAAGGAGGUUUGGCAAAAAUUGAACAUUACUUAUAUGAAGAUCAUGAGAUGUUAUUAAGAGCUGCCACACAAUGUAUUUGUAAUUUAUUACAAUCUGAGGAAGUUAUUAAAACUUAUGAGAGUAAUAACGACAAAACGAAGUUUUUGUAUCUCUUGUGUCAAGAAGAAGACAUGGACACAGUCAUGGCAGCUGCAGGUGCAUUGUGCAUACUGACAUCAGCAAGUAAAAUUUGUUGCCGAAAACUAUUAGAUGUCCAAGUAUGGCCAGAAACAUUAAGGUGUUUAUUAGCUAAUCCCAACAAAGAAGUGCAAUAUAGAGGCACAUAUAUAGUACACAACAUAAUUUCUGGAGACAAAGAUAUAGCUGCUAAAAUAUUUGAAACUGAUAUCAUGGAAAUAUUAAUGGCACUAACGAGAUUGGACGAUCCAGAGCAGGGAAGGACCAAAGAAAAUGCACAAAAAUGUCUUAAUGCAGCAGAGGAAAUGGGAGUUAUUAGAAAGCCUGACCCAGGCAGCCAGACCCAGGAAGCCCCUAUUACAGACCCAUUUUUGGAGGCAGAAGAGAUUAAUGAAGAAGAAAACUAACUAUUCUUAGAGUAAUGAACUGUUUAUAGGAUCUAAAUUACAUCUUUGAACUAAUGAAUAACAAGUAUUUUAAUGUAUUGUUUGAACUAUAUUAUUAUUUAAUAAAGUUUUUAUGUGCAA